GCGGCUUCCCGCCUCGGCGCUCCGUGAGGCGAUGGCGGCGGCGGCGGACUGUCUCCGCGGCGGUUCCGACCCGUGAGGCGCCGCCGAUGGGCCCCGCCGCCCCGCUCGAGCCCCUUCGCCCCCCGCUUCAGCGGCGGCGGCAGGUGGGGAGCGGCGCAGGGACGCGGCGCAGCGCGAUGCAGCCCCGGCCCGGGAGCCGCCGCCGCCACCCGGCGCUGCCGCCGCUGCUGCUGCCCGCGCUGCUGCUGGCCUGCGCCCCGCCGGCAGGGCGGGCGCAGGAGGUGCAGGCGGAGAACGUGACGGUGGCGGAGGGCAGCACGGCCGAGAUCACCUGCCGCCUGCACCACUACGACGGCUCCAUCGUCGUCAUCCAGAACCCCGCGCGCCAGACCCUCUUCUUCAACGGCACCCGCGCGCUGAAGGACGAGCGGUUCCAGCUGGCCGAGUUCACGCAGCGGCAGGUGAGGAUCCAGCUGGCCGGGGCGCGGCUGGAGGACGAGGGCGGCUACUUCUGCCAGCUCUACACCGAGGACACCCACCACCAGAUCGCCACGCUCACUGUGCUCGUGCCCCCCGAGAGCCCCGUGGUGGAGGCGGCGGGGGCGGCGGUGGAGGGCGCCGAGGUGGAGCUGAGCUGCCUGGUGCCCCGCUCCCGGCCCCCGGCCACCCUGCGCUGGCUCCGCGACCGCCGCGAGCUCCAAGGCGUGAGCAGCCGGGAGCAGCUGGGGAAGGUGUUCCGGCUGCGGAACGUGCUGCGCUUCCGCGUGGAGCGCAAGGACCACGGGGCCAUCGUCACCUGCGAGGCCACCCACCCCGCCCUGCGCGGCCAGCGCCGCCAGACCCAGUACAUGCUGGACGUGCAGUACGCGCCCUCGGUGCGGCUGCACCCGUCGCAGAGCGUCCUGCGGGAGGGCGACACCCUGGUGCUGACCUGCGCCGUCACCGGCAACCCCCGCCCCACGGAGAUCGCCUGGAGCCGGGCCAACGAGUCGCUGCCGGGGCGGGCGCGGGCCGAGGGCGAGGUGCUGACGCUGCCGGCGCUGAGCCCCCUCGACAACGGCACCUACAGCUGCGCCGCCGCCAACCGCCACGGCCGCGCCGCCGCCCACUACAGCCUCGUCGUCUACGACCCGGGGGCGGUGGUGGCGGCGCAGAGCUCGGUGCCCUACGCCAUCGUCGGCGGGAUCCUGGCGCUGCUCGUCUUCCUCGUCAUCUGCGUCCUCAUCGCCAUGGUCUGGUGCUCCAUCCGCCAGAAAGGCUCGUACCUGACGCACGAGGCGAGCGGGCUGGACGAGCACGGGGAGGCGCGCGAGGCCUUCCUCAACGGCGCCGACGGCCACAAGCGCAAGGAGGAGUUCUUCAUCUAGGGGGGCGCGGGGGGGGCGCCGGGACAGCGG